GAGAAACGUGUGGUAGCACUUAUAACUCAUAAUUGCUUGACGUAGAUCGGUACAUUUGCAUUGUAAGCGCAGUAAAUUUCAAUAUGAGAGCUAUUCGCGUAUCAUCUUUCGGUGGACCUGAAGUUUUGAAGCUUAUUGGCGAUGUCCCAGUUCCCAUUGUUUCCAAAGGACAGGUGAGAUUUUGGUAAGAUGUUCAUAUAACCCCAUACAUUUAUUAUGCAUACAUUCUUAGACCUUAUUUAUAUUGACUAUGUGUGGGAAAAAGUAUGAAAUUGCUGCAUGUAUAAUAAAUGUAGGGGGUUACCGUAUUAUUUUCUCGAAUAUAGCCGUCCCUCGAUUAAUCCCCUUUCCUCGAAUUCUUGUUUUGCAACCACAUGACUAGGCGGCCAUGUUGGGGGUCAAAACAAUAGAAUUUUUUCUCAAAGAAUUUCCGUGAAAAUAGAGUUUAGUUCCCUGAGGAGAGAAAUGCUUUGUUCUUGAUCACCAACAUGGCCACCGUGACGUCACAUGCAAACCGGCAAUAAUCGCCCCACUUUGACCAUAAUAUUUAAAAUACAGUAAAAACCCACAUAUAAGAUCCUAAAAUUUAAGAACCUGUUAGGCUAACAUUUUCAUUUAAAACCCCCUUUUGAUAAGAACCUACCGUAAAAUUCCGAAAAUAAGCCCUGUGGCUUAUAUUUUUUAAAGGCCCUUUUUGAGGGGUUUAUUUUUGGAGGGGCUUAUCUACGGAGGGAAAGUUGCAUUUCAAAAUCAGUUGGGCUAGUCUUAUAGUUGGAAGGAAAUUUACCAUUUUUGCUUUGUUUUACUUUGUAUUUGAGGGCAAUUUUCCAAGUACAAGCCCCCGGGGGGCUUAUAUUAUUUUGGCGGGGCGAUUUAACAGAGGGUUUUUUGCAUUAGCGGUUUGGGGGGCUUAUAUUUGGAGGGGCUUAUGCAUGGAGAGGCUUAUUUUUUGGAACUUAACGGUAUUUAGCCUAAAAUUUCCAAUAGGUUCUUAUUUUACAAAAAUGAAGGCAGAGAAGAAAAUACAACCAGAAAAAAGUUCAAGUCUAGGUUUCCCUCAGUAAGAUUCAAAAUAUAACACAGCAUUUUAUGGACACUGCAGCAUGAAAGACGUGCAUUCUAGUACUUUGGAAGAAUAAAAUUACUGCAUGGUUAUCAUCUAAACUGUAUUCUAGACAGUUAUUUAAUUCAGCAACAUAUUCCAUAUCACAUAGUAGUAGUUAUCUGGGCUGAUCACUGGUACCCCUAUCAAAUUAAGAACCUAUUUAAGAACCUAAGUAGCCUAAAAGCCCACUAAAUACCAUUUCUCUAAGAACCUAUUUAGGCUAAGUUGGAAAAAUCUGGGUUCUUAUAUGUGGGUUUUUACUGUAGUCACUUCCCUCGAAUAAUGGCCUCCCCACCCUUCCCCUACAGCAGCAUAUCUGAAGUUUGAAGCUGAAGUCAGUGAAGUGGAGUCUGAUCCAACAAAAUUGAUAAGAGACCAGAUUCAAGCUCAGACGCCCAGGAUAUUGACAUUGAAAAUUAAUUAAGGAACCAAAUCUGGAACUCUUAAAAAGCCCAUGUUCAGUUUAUUUGAUGUGAUUAUUUUCUUAUUUAAUGGGAUGAUAAAACAAAACAUUUAAGGCAUGACUUCCAGUGAACAAUAUUUGAAAUAAUCGCCUCCCUCGAAUAAUCGCCCCGUUCUAGCGCAAAAAAAAUAACUGCCCACGACUAUCAAUCAAGGAAAUAUAGCAUACGAAAAUCUUACCUUGUCACACAUUCUCAAAAGUAAAGGUUAUCAGAAACACUGAGAUUUAUUUAGCCUCACCAAUAAAUUUGCACUGCAAACCAUGUGUAGUGUGGUGGCUUCUAGUUUUGAUUCUCCCACCCAAUCCUGGGGUGAUUUGAAUUUGCAGAAGGAAGACUACAUAUUUUUCCAAGUCAUCACAACUGAAGCUUAGGUUUAAUAAAGUCAACUUGAACAGAAAAAUAAAAUUAAAUUCAGUAUUGCCAGCCAAAACUGAAUCUUACAAAGUUUCUUACAUUGUGCCAAAGCUUUCUGAAAUUUUGUUGAAAGAUUAAGUCAACACUUAAUGUCCACUUUAUCCGGAUAAAGUGGUCCAUAUCCAGAGGUGGUCCCCUUUGACUGGUCUGUCUUGGCUGACCAAACCUUGAUGUUCCAUUGUCAAAAAAUAUUGUUCCCAAUCCCACUUAGAAGUGAACAAAACACGGUUGAAAUGCAAAUGGAAUGCUUUGUUCCAGUUGGAAAUCUUGUUUAAAGUCAACAGUGUUGUUCCAUUUUCCCUUGAUUAUAUCCUCCCAGGUCUCUGAUUUUAUGGAUCACUUAUAAAUUUAAAUAUGGUCCCUUGUCAUGGAAAAGGGUGGCAUUUUACAUUGUUAUAUAGCUGGAAAUUUUUUCCCAACAGGGCACACUCUCAUUGGUUACUUGGAGGUCACAUGACAUCUAACAAUGAAACUAUUUCCCGCCAAAAUCUCUGAGUUGGAAACAUUGCAAUAUCUUUGACAUCAGUGGGUAACACUGCACUAUUACCUGUAAAUGUUGACUGCUUACAACAUUUAUUUUCAUAAAUUUGUACACGAAAAAGUUUUUCUUUGUGGGCUGUAUAACAAUUGCCUCGAAUAGAUGGCGAAACAUGGAGAUUCUCGGGAACAAAAUUAACUGUUUCUCUCAGGACCAUUUAUUAAGUGUUUAAUGGUUACCUGGCAUCACUGGUACACAUUACUAUUACCCAUGGGUAUGGUCAGUGGUCUUGGGACAACAAAAUUUUGGAGGACAGAUAUAGUUACUGCACAAGGACACACUAUGAACUCUUGGGAUGUUUCAUAGGUUAAUGUCCUUUUCUGGGCAAUCAUUAGUAUCAUGUGCCAACUUUGGCACUUUAACUUAUACAGUAUUAUGGACAGGGUCAGAUGGGUCAGUGAGUUGCUUCACUAGUCUCAAGAUAUCAGAUAGCUGCUAGCACUUUUUUUGUUCCCUGAUAGGUAUUGAUCAAGUGGUUUUUAGUGCUCAAGUCUCUUAAAAUAUAUUCAUAUUAUUUCUGUAGGUACUGGUUAAGAUAGGAGCAGCUGGUGUUAAUCCUGUUGAUACUUAUAUCAGAACUGGAACUUAUGCAAGGAAGCCAACACUACCCUACACACCAGGUUCUGAUGGAGCUGGGGUCAUCCACAGUGUGGGUGAGGGUGUUAAACAAAUUAAAGUAAGAUCACUGAAUGAUAUUUUUUGAAACCCCAAUUCAGUCUUAAAUACAUUGAAGAAUUAACAUCAAUCUUAUUGUUUAACUGACUAGUUGGUCCUUCGUUUUGCUGAGACUUUCCUUUCAAGCCUUUCACCUGCUUCUUGCAUGUAGCAGUUUGCUUUUUUGCCUCUGUCUUUCUUUUUUCUUAUUACUCAUUAUCUUGUUGUUAUUUUUAUUUGGUUACAAGGCAAAGGUGGAUAGAUAUUAAGCCAAAAUUAAAUCCAUAAUAAUAAUAAUUGUAAAAUUCAUAGAAUUAAUAUUAGUCCUAUGGCAAUGCUCUGCCAAUUUAACAAUUGUCCAUCCGAAUGGUAACUCCUUAGAAUUUCUUCGAAAGAUCAGUAUUGUUAGACUGACAAAAUCUCACCAUAACUGGCUUUAAGGGAGAAAUUACCACAAAGACGUGGGAUUGUUUUGUGGUUUUGAAGGUGCAAAUAAGUAAAGAAUAAACAGCCUGCUUAGUUUUUAUACUUUGCUCUAUCCCUAGCUAGUGACCCCAAGAAUUUCUUAUCAUUAUGGUGGAAGGGCCUGUGGAUACAACUGUAUGGUUUCAUCUGUUUUUUUUUUAAAGUAUGCUAUCAACUAGAAAUUAUUUUGUAUUUCUUAAAUCUUAGUUUAACAACGUCUGUUUUUUUCUUUUUGCUCAUUUCUGCAUCAGGAAGGUGACCGUGUGUUUGUAGGUGGGAGCAUAUCAGGGACAUAUGCUGAAUAUGCUUUGUGCAAUGCCACCAGUGUUAAUCACCUCCCUGAAAGCAUUUCAUUCAGUCAAGGAGCAGCCAUUUACGUGCCUUAUUAUACAGCUUAUAGGGCACUAUUCCAGAGGUACAGUAAAAAAGAUUUUAAUUUUGCAACAGGGGUGCUUCGGUGUUACUAUGGUGUUGGCAGCUCUCUCCAUCCCUCAAAAAAUACUUAAAAUAUUACUUGCAGUAUUCUAAUAUAGAGAGCUGUAGAUACAAAAGCUCUCAGCAUAAAUCUUUGUAAUUGUAUAUUCGGUUGGUUUAACCCACUUAUUUUCCCGCAACCUCACGCUUUGUACCCUCAUGGAAUUCCAGAUUAUGGUAGGGGCUGGACAGGUGGGGGAGAUUCAUAAGGGUUGUGAGAAGGAAAGUUUAACUGAAAAAUGUAAUCACUUAAAUACCCUGCUUUUUUAUUGCUGUCAUAGUCAAUGAAAAUUGAAGUGAAGCAACACUUAUUGGUGUUUAUUUUCUUGUGUUAACUUAAGUUAUCUUACCACAAUAGUUAUAAUAAUAAUAAUAGUAUUAUUAUUAUUAAAUACAGGCUGCAUGCCAAGGCAGGAGAAACAGUAUUAAUCCAUGGAGCAAGUGGAGGGGUAAGUACAUAAUUUAUGUCAUAAUAAUUUAUUAUUAUUCCGCUUAUUUUUUGUGAGGUGAGGUUAAUUUCAAGCUGGUCUUAUUUGAGCAAGCUGAGAAGUAGGCAGGCUGACCUGAAGAUCUUUCACUACACCGUAACAUAUUACAUUAUUUUGAUGUUGAUGUGUUUUUCCACAGACUAAAAUGCACCUUCAAAUAUUUAUGUAUUCGUUGGAAAAGUGAGAAAUAGUAUCAGUGCCACUAUAAAGCUUGAUAGUAUUCAUUAACUGUAUGUUAUCAGACAAGCUAUGCAUAGGCUCGCCAUUCCCUGGCACUGCACCCAAGCACCCUUUCCCCAGACGAACGAACAAACGAACGAACGAACAACUUUUUUAAUGUGUCAAUCUUUUUGCUUGCUACACGUAGGCUACUAAUCGGGGACACCUAAUUGACAAAAUCUUAUCAAGCUUAAAUGUAAAAGCUUAAAUCAAAAAUUCCAUUAAUAGCAUAAAAAUAUUAAAUAAUAAUUAAUUAUUAUAAUAAAAUAGUAUACAAUCUAAUUAAUCUAAAGUAAGUGAGAGUUUUAAAUUAACAAACAGAGUCUCAAGUAUUGCACAUGAGAGUGUUUGCCAUAUUUCACAGUAUUGAACCUAGGAAUAAAAAAGUCUGGAUUUCGUAGGUUGUGGCUAGACAAUAAUACGCUGAAACGAUGGCUAAUAUUCCCAGUUAUUAACUUAAAUUUCACUGGUACAUAAGGAUUACAAUAUCCUGCAGGCGCCUGUUUUAAAGACUUGUCAUUCGUGCACUUGUAAGUAGCUCGUUAUAUGAGCAUAUCCAGUCACAAAACACUGAUCGUCACUUACAUAGUAUGUAAAUCUGAAGGGGAUGGUUUCUUCAUCUAUAGGUUGGCUUAGCAGCAGUGCAAUUAGCAAGGGCUUAUGGAAUGAAAGUUAUUGGUACCGCGGGAACAAGUGAGGGUGAAAAUGCAGUAAAGAAGGCUGGAGCUUCGUUGGUGUUUAACCACCGACAGGAUGGAUACGUUCAAAACAUUCUGGUACGGCUACUGUAAAGUGAACUGAGUGUUAAACUCAAUAGAGCGCUAUGUAUAGUUGCACUAAUUUUUCUGAAGUAAUGUCUUUUUGGAUUGACUGAUUUUCAUGUCAAACUAGGGUUUCACAGGAAAUGGAGAUUCCAUGUCUUUUAUUGGUUUUCCACUGUAGCGCACGACUGUAGUUGAAAUAGGUGCUGCCACAGGUUCAUACAAACUGAGACAACCUGUUGUAUCUAAAUGCAAUAUUGUUUACCGAGGCUGACUGAUGCUAGUGUGGGAGAGGGUGUGAUACUGUUGUAAUGGUAUUAGGGGCUUACAUUACGCCUUCCAAAAGAAGGGGCAGACGUACUUGGAGAUACAACUGUAAGUGAGUAAGUACGAACGUAGUACUAAAAAAUGUAAUUAUUACAUGUCUUUCUCUAAUAUGUACAUUUUUAGGAUGCAACAGAUGGUCAAGGGGCAGAUGUUAUUGUGGAGAUGUUGGCAAAUGCCAGUCUUACUAAAGAUCUUCAGCUUGCUGCUGUGAAAGGACGCAUAGGGGUAUGUUUUCAUAUGAAGUGUUAUUAAGAUCAUUUGUAGUAUGUCAUCACGUAGGGGGUUGGUGUUACUAUUUAAAACGCUGUUUAUCACAGUUUGCGUCGUGCUUUAUUUCAGAAGAAAUCGCAGCAAUACGUGACAGUUUUAAAAAUUCUCUGCUUGCACUGAAAACUGGAAACGCUUCACCCGUGUGUACCCCCUAUUGGCUCCGAAAACGCCUUUCCCUACCUUUGCCAGAUUGGCCGUAUCCGCUAAUACACAUUCCUAGUUUCUUGUGCUUUCUUGGCUGCUGCUUUUAAGCUACGGUAUUUUUUGUUCAUUUAGCCUUGCCUUUCUUCAGGUUGUAGGCAACAGAGGAACAAUUGAAAUUAAUCCAAGAGAAACCAUGGCUAAGGAAUCUAGUAUCAUUGGUGUUAUGCUGGGUCAUGCUACUGAGGUAACAUGAAGUCACUCUUUUCCGUUACCAGUUGAAAUUAAACCUGUGUAACACUGUGUGAUUUUUUGGAAGAAUAGGAGGCAUGUGCCUUCACUUUAUUGACUUCAGUCACUCCGUUUUGCUCUCUUACUUGAUUGAUUGAUCACCUGAUUUUUUGACAUACGGAAUCAAACUGUGUCACAACGUGAGGCAAGAGACCACCAAACUUACUAGGCUAAGUAGUCGCUUGUGAGACGAUCCAACUACAACGUACGAGACAUUCCACUAGGAACACUAAACCUGGUAUUUCUAAUGUAUAGUUACAUUUGGUGGUUCCACUGUAUUAAAAUAAUGCGGAUUUUCUUCUACUGUUCGCUUCAGACUGGAUUUUUGCAACGCGUACCUCUUAUUGGUCCGAGACUACUAUUUUGAAUCUUGAUGAUAACAUUUGAGUUCUUUAUCUCUGUUAAAGGAAGAGAAGCAAGAAAUGACAGCUGCUAUUGAGGCAGGACUGCAGGCAGGAUUUUUGACUCCAAUAGUUGGACGGGAGUUCCAAUUGAGCCAAGCUGCGGAUUCACACAGAGAUAUCAUAGAAAGCCAAGGGGCAAAAGGGAAACUGGUCUUGAUACCUUGAUAGAUAAGUACCUUCCAGAGACAGAGUUCACUGGUUAAUGAUUCCUCGUUAGUUUUUUAAAUGGUAAUAUGACCACAAUCAAAUUGCGUGCAAGGCUGGCAAUACGGCAACAGAGUUUUAGCAUCGGCGCGCGACGAGAAGGCGUCAUUUUAUUCAUUUUUCUGACGAAGAUAUGGUGUUAAAGCACAGUGUGUGGUUCCUUACAGUAUCUAAUUGUAGGUAAAGAAUUUCAGGUAGAGUUAUGAUCAUUACGUUACACACGUAACUGUUUUCACGUAUGUAAUUGCCUGUAUGUUAUUUUGAAAUAGUAUGAACUAAUUUGAUAACUGUCAAACAGUGACCUACCAUACCAUGUAUGUGUAAUUUGAGACAGGAUAUGUUCUUACAUGCCGUUUAUUCAUGGUACCUCAACGUAUUGAAUCACGACCUAGACCGAGAAAACAGCGGACAUUUUGCGACGCCACCACUGGUUUCCCAGCGAAAUAACGUCUGAUGAACGAGUGCAGAAAUUCCCUACUGUUGACGUGUCACUACCCAGAUCUGGCUUGUGCUUUUGAUUGGUUGAAACAGUUAAUUUUUCCCUUGCGGCACCACC